AUGAGCUUACGCAAUUCGAGCACCCACUACCAAGUGCCACCAACCACGACUUUCGCGACAGCACCCGACUUUGCUGUGUUAUUGGUGCCGGGGGGCAUUGGGACCCGCAAUCCUAUGCUCAACAGUACGAUCGACUUCAUCAAGCAGAGAUCGUCCAAAGUACAGUACAUCAUCAGUGUCUGCACCGGAGCGCUUUUGCUGUCGAAUGCAGGCGUGCUGGACGGAAGACGAGCCACCACAAACAAAGCCUCAUACAAAAGUGUCACAGCGACCAACGAGAAAGUUGACUGGAUCCCUCAUGCGCGCUGGGUCGUAGAUGAGAAUAUCUGGACGACUUCUGGAGUGUCUUCUGGAAUCGACGGAACGCUUGCAUUUAUCGAAUGCUUGUAUGGCCAAGAAGUGGUCACGAGAGUCGUCAACAACAUGGAGGACAAGCGUACGUUGGACUCGGAAGACGAUCCCUUCGCAGACAUUUGGAAUGUCACGGCGAUAUAG